AUGUUGACCGUGUCAAGUAACCUUGGCUACGAUGGUGCCGUUCAACUAGAAUUUGCAAAGAAUUGGGAUUGGAAUAACAAGAUACAAGCUAAAAGAGAAGCUUUGACAGGUUUCCUAACAUCUGUCUUGGGCUUAUUACUUGCCAUGCUAGAAUCAUUAAGUGAUUGGGCAUUGGAAGUAGUUUCGCAAGCUGUCUCCAUCAGUCUCAGCAUACUGGAUAUUUUUGCUGCUGGGAGUGAGACAUCAUCUACAGCUGUAGAUUGGGCAAUAGCAGAAAUGAUAAAAAAUCCAAGAGUAAUGGACAUGGCACAGAAUGAGGUGAGGGAAGUGUUUAAUAGAAAAGGACAGGUAGAUGAAACAUGCAUUAGAGAGAUGAAAUAUUUAAACUUAGUUAUCAUGGAGACACUGAGGUUACACCCUCCGGGUCCCUUGUUACUUCCAAGAGAAUGCAGAGAGAAAUGUGAGAUUGAUGGAUAUGAAAUUCCUGUGAAAUCCAAGGUAAUUGUGAAUGCAUGGGCAAUUGGUAGAGAUCCCAAUUACUGGAAUGAGCCUGAGAGCUUUAAUCCCGAUAGGUUCCUCGAUAGAUCGAUUGACUACAAGGGAACAAACUUCGAAUAUAUCCCAUUUGGUGCUGGAAGGAGAAUGUGCCCUGGCGUGUCAUUUGGUCUGGCCAAUGUUGAGCUCCCACUUGCAUUGUUGUUAUACCAUUUUGAUUGGAAACUCCCCAAUGGGAUGAAGCAUGAGGACCUGGACAUGACUGAGGCCUUUGGCGCUACAGUCAAAAGAAAAGACGAUCUGCACUUGAUUCCCAUUCCUUAUCAUCCUCCGUCUACUGAAAAAUCCCAAGUAUAA